CCGUCUUCUCGCGAGAGUAGGCCGGGCGACCGGAAACAGUAGCGACCCCGGAAGUCCUCACGGGUACUGCUGGGCCGAACGUUCUCAUCCCCUGCGCCGCCCCGAGGGGUGUGCUGCCCGGUUGGCCAUGGACGAUACCCUGUUCCAAUUGAAGUUUACAGCGAAGCAGCUGGAGAAGCUGGCCAAGAAGGCAGAGAAGGACUCCAAGGCUGAGCAGGCCAAAGUGAAGAAGGCCCUUCAGCAGAAAAAUGUGGAGUGUGCCCGCGUGUAUGCCGAAAAUGCCAUCCGCAAGAAGAAUGAAGGCGUGAACUGGCUGCGCAUGGCGUCCCGUGUGGAUGCAGUAGCCUCCAAGGUGCAGACAGCUGUGACCAUGAAGGGGGUGACCAAGAAUAUGGCACAGGUGACCAAAGCUCUGGACAAGGCCCUGAGUGCCAUGGACCUUCAGAAGGUGUCUGCAGUGAUGGACAGGUUUGAGCAGCAGGUGCAGAACCUGGACGUGCACACGUCGGUAAUGGAGGAUUCCGUGAGCUCUGCCACCACGCUGACCACGCCUCAGGAGCAGGUUGACAGCCUCAUUGUACAGAUUGCUGAGGAAAAUGGCCUGGAGGUCUUAGACCAGCUCAGCCAGCUUCCAGAGGGAGCCUCUGCGGUGGGCGAGAGCUCCGUGCGCAGCCAGGAGGACCAGCUGUCUCGGAGGCUGGCCGCCCUGCGGAACUAGCACGCCCGUGGCAAGUGCUGCCUCCUUGCCCUGUGAUGUCCUGGAGGCCUCUGCCCUACUCUGCGCUCAACUUUCUCCACCCCUUCAUAGCUGCCUUGGCUCUUUUCCAACCUGUCCGGCUGGCGCCUUAGAACUGAGCCUUAGGUCGGGCAGCGGGUCUCCUGGCAUUGGAUCUGCACAAGUGUGUGGGUGACUUCUGUGACUGGGCCACAGCUGGAAGAUGGCAAGCUCGCUUUUGUCCUCUGCCUGUGUGGAGUUGACAGGGUUUGGCGAGCAGAUGUGUGUGGACUUCAGCUCAGUGUUUUGGGGCCUUCAGAUUCCAGUGACUGCACACUUGCUAUUGGUUAUGCCCAGUGAGGGCCAGAGCCACUCCUCCUUUGGCAGGCAACUCUUGGGAGCCUCUCCCCACCUCCGCAGACAGGAAAUCCCAUUGUGUGACAGCCUUGAGUAGGUUCCUGUAAACGCUUAUGCACCGAGGUGUCCAGUGCCACCAACACUGACCUGGGGCCUUUAUAAAUGGUUGCUCUCCUCCAUCCUCCCAGGGCUGAGGUCUUCGCUACCACUGCCAACUGGCUGAGCCUGCUUGGGCUUUCUGUCCCUCAGCUCCCAUCCCCAGCCCACAGGAACAGAGCCACCAUGCAGUUUCAAGUCCAGGUCCCUCCCAAGAGAUCCAUGAACCUUACUCGGCAGCUGUCUCUGGAAGAACUUGGACCGCUCGGGUUGAGCUCUCUGCCUGCUGCUGACAGGCAUUCAGUGUCACAGCCCCCAGGCCUUGUUAGAGCUUCUCUCUCUUGAAGGGAGGGUCCCCUGGCUCUCCUGUCAUCUUAGGAAAGGCUGCUGCUUUCUGCCUUCUCAAGGGAAAGCCGGGGUGGCUAACAAAGGGAACGUGGGACAGUCACCUCGGGCCGCAGUCAGCUCUUGUCCAUCCUCUCACAGCGGGGAAGCUGCCAGCAAGCAGCUAGUGAGGCUGACUGGGGUGGCCUGGCUGUGUGUACAGGCUGCUGUUCUGUUUUUCUGUCUCCUGAAGUUUACUCGUGUUCUUAAAACUCCUGGUGAUUUUGUUCUUUUGCCAAAGUAGAGAGCACACGGCGGGUGGGUGUCCUGGCCCUCUCUGCAGGCUGAGCAGCGCAGAGCUGCCCGCAGAUUUACAUGCAAACCUGGAGAGGGCCUGGGCUUGCUGGGUGGUCUCUUCUGUGCUGUGGAGCCCUGGUGCCCACAUUACAAGUUAGGUUGCGGGUGGGGACCAAGGUACAGUCUAGCCAUGGGCCCCUCAAGGCUUCCGCAGUCAACCUGCCUGUUAGGUGGUGGAAGUAGCUGCCGUCGCCGGACAGCCUGAGCUCCCUGGGUUCUGGGGGGGAAUUUGUGGACACUGGUGGAUUGGGGUUUGUGCUGGGUUCAUCAGAAUGGGCGCAUCUGACUUUAAAGUGCUGUCGUAAGUCAAUAAAUUGAUUGUUGGAGAAUUUCUGGGUAAGUCUGCUGAACUAUGGGCUAGACCCCAUCUCAGCAUGAAGUCAAUAGCGUGGAGGGGCCUAUAUCUCUGGAGGCCUGCUUUUGGGGAAAAGGGAAGCUUGGUUGAAGAUUUUCAGGCUGUACAUAGUGGUGGAAUUACAGUCAGGUUUUUGAUUUAUUGCUAUAAAGAUUAUUUCCAAUUUGAA